AUGCGUCUGCCACUGCUGGGAGCUGCUACGCUUCUGCUACACUCCGCCACCGCCAUCUUCGCCGACGAGGCCUGGAACGUCGACUAUCACUACCCCCUCCUGGGCCUGCCCAAGGAAGAUACCACGCUGUUUCAUCGGCCCAAUCCUGCAUCCAAGGCCUCUCUCAUCUACACUCUCUCCGAACAUGCUGUGUUGGGAGCCGUUAACCCCCGCGAUGGCUCCAUUGUCUGGCGUCAGCUGCUCUCACCGGAUGCAACUAUCUCCGCUUCCACCUUCCUACGUGCUGGUCAAGGCCAGGACGUGAUUGUGACUGGGACGGGGGGCGAGGUUUCGGCAUGGAGUGCUGCUGAUGGCAGACUGGUAUGGAGCCGCCGCUUGGAAGGAAGCAUCGAAGACGUCGAGAUCCUGGAACUCAAUGAUGGCAGCGAAUCUACCGCAAAGGAUGCCAUUGUUCUGACCGGCGGCCAAGACCCUGCCAUCCAUCGCCUGGAUGGAUCAUCGGGUGACUUGAAAUGGACGCAGAAAAUUGACAGCGGAGACGCACCAUUCCAACUCUCGGCGUCAGCUACCGAUGUUUUCGCCAUUCUACUGCACAAGACCAUGCUGGGCUACAUUAAAAUCAAGGUGCUUUCCUUUGAUCCAGUGACGGGCCGAAAGAUCGACGAGCAUUCACUCAAUUCAGAAAAUGAGCUGGCAUCAGCCGAGUCGAUCAUCUCAGUGGGAGCAAAUUCCGCCUCUCCGAUCAUCGCCUGGACCGACGCUGCGUAUACGGUGCUCAAGGUCAACAUUAUUGGCACCAAGACAGUGGCAUCUUUCAACAUUGGCAAGCACGACGAACAUACUGUGCAGAGGGUUCGAAUUCAUGCACCCUACCAUACCACCGCGGUUGCGCAUUUCUUGGUGCAUUUCGAGACUGACGCUUCCCAUUGGGCGGAAGUAUACCACAUUGACCUGAACAAGAACAAGGUGGAAAAGGCUUACUCACUUCCCCAGGUCGCUGGCAAGGGCUCCUUUUCGACGAGCAAUCUGGACGCAAAUGUCUACUUCACCCGAAUCACAACCAGCGAGAUCCUUACCGUGGCAUCCGACUCGCAUGGUGUGCUUGGAAGGUGGCCAUUAGGGGACCUGGCUGUCGGCGCUGUCGCCGGCGAGAUUGUAUCGCCCAUUCAUUCUGUCUCGGAGGUAUCUUUGAAAGGAAGCGACGUCUCGGCCGUGCGUUCAGCCGUGCUGCUAUCCACUGGAGACUGGGUACUGAUCCGAGGAGGCACUCCAGUCUGGCAGAGACCAGAAAUGCUCGCGUCCACUGUGUCGGCUACCUUCGCCACGACAGCAGAGGUCGAGGCAUUUGCGCACGAGCUCGAGAUUGAAGCGCAUAGCAACGUCAUCAGCGCUUACAUCCACCGCGUCACACGUCACGUCCAAGAUUUGCAAAAGCUGCCCGAACUCUUGCUGGGAUUGCCCCAGAGGUUUCAGAAUGGUGUGUUCGGGACCACAGCGGAGAGUAGCGUGUCUGGCGAUGUGUUUGGCUUCCAUCAGAUCAUCGCUUGCGUGACGAACAACAACAGAGUCGUUGCGCUCGACGCAGCCGCAGCGAACAAGAUUCUCUGGAGUAAGGAUGUCGGAGAACUUCAAAUUCCUGGACCUUGGCGGCGUCCCAUCAUCAAGACAGCUGCCAACGGAGUCCUUUAUGUCCAAGUGGAUGGCCGCCCGCCGCAAGUAGCGCUGAGUGCUACUACGGGAGCUGACGUCGCCAUCCCUGAUGUGACUCUGAAAGCGCCAGAUGCAAAUACCGUGUUCUUUCGAUCACAGCCAGAUGGAGUUGUCGCAGGUAGCAAGCCUGGAAUCCGAUCCGGUGGCGCGCUGUGGCACUUUGUUGUCUCCGAUGACGAGCGUAUCGUCAUAUUUGUUCCUCGCCCCGUCGAUGAUCCCGUGGCAUCCAUUGGCAAGGUCCUGGGUGAUAGAAGAGUCCUGUACAAAUAUCUCAGCCCCAACAUUGCUUUGCUUGUCACAGCAAAUAGAGCUGCUGGUAGUGCCACUUUCUCCGUCCUGGACACCAUCACCGGUACCACAUUGCAUGCAGAUCUCCAGCAAAAUGUUGAUCUCACGGCACCAAUAUCUGCAAUCAUCACAGAGAACUGGUUCGCGUACUCGUACACUGCGGAAACUGCGCCCAAUAUGCCCAAGGGUCAUUACCUUGUGGUAGGUGAACUGUUCGAGUCCUCUGCUCCCAAUGAUCGUGGAAUGCUGGGCGAGAACGUCAACUCGUCGAGCCUGGAAAAUCCACCCAAGCCAUACGUUCUGAGCAAAUCAUACCAGAUCCCAGAGACGAUCAGCACGCUGGCCAUUACCCGGACGCGUCAAGGCAUCACCUCUCGCCAGUUAUUGGCAGUCCUUGCGGAUUCCAGCUCCAUUAUUGGCAUACCAUACCAGGUACUAGAUCCUCGACGUCCUGUUGGGCGUGAUCCGACAAAGGACGAACAAAUGGAAGGACUGGUCAGAUACAUCCCCAUAAUUGAGUUUGACCCGAAGUGGUAUCUCAACCACAAAAGAGAAGUAGUAGGUGUCUGGGAUAUCAUCACCAGUCCCGCAUUGGUGGAGAGUACCAGUCUGGUGUUUGCCUAUGGGAUGGAUCUUUUUGGUACCAGACUCACUCCCAGCUCCAGCUUUGAUGUGCUUGGGAAGGACUUCAACAAGUUUCAGAUGCUUGCUACUGUUGCUGGGCUCGCCAUCGUCACUUUUGUGGUGGCACCUCUGGUCACUCGCAAACAGGUGAACCAGAGAUGGCACUUUGCUUGAGCAUGACUGUUGGGGAAUUGUACAAGUCGGAAGUGAACAACAAAGUGAAGGAUAUUGAGCUCAACUAUAUAUGUGUCAGCGCUGAGGUCGUCACCAGCACCGCCCGACCGGGAUCAUAUGCUGUUUGUGAGCAGACGAUGACCACGAAGAGAUUGUGCCACGAUGGAAGUGGCUUUCUCAUAUCAUUGUUGGCCAUUGUGGGGGUCUAGUCUCCCCUAUCCUGUCGGAGAGUGAGGGCCAUUUCUCCGGCGAUAUGUCCGUAGGCCAGCAGGAGCUACUAGGAGGUAGCGUGCAAGAGGUGCUGCUGUUCGCAUGAAGCCGAAGCGGACCAUUCCUACCACGGUACCUCUAUACCUCCGUCGGCAAGUAGAUUCAGAAAUCUGCUCGUCAUCUCUCCAUUUGCACACCUCUUGAACGGCACCCAUUGUCGCUCCAUGAUGUAAUUUCUCCACUAAUCCCUAACUCCGAGCUACUACACCCACCGCAUUGCAAUGAACAUAUAUUAUUACUUCUACCACCACCAUCACCAUCACUACCACCACCACUCAUAUAUCGGGAACAAGUAAAUUGAAGAGAGAAAACAUCAUGUCCGACCAAGUCAAGUACACCCAAAAGCUCCAAGGCGCCAAAAUCCUCAUCACAGGAGGUUCAGCAGGCAUCGGCUACGGCGUCGCAGAAGCCUGUCUCGAAAACGGCUGCAACGUCACAAUUUCCUCCUCCAACGACACGCGCGUCCAACAAGCCGUGGCCAAAUUAUCUGCCGCCUACCCUUCUGCUGCGGCGCAGAAUCGCAUUCGAGGUUUUGCGUGUAAUUUGGGCGAGGAGAAGACUUUGGAGGCGGAAGUGAAGAGGUUGUUGGAGUUGGUGGGGAAGGGAAUUGAUCAUGUGGUGCAUACGGCGGGAGAUGGAUUGGCGACGAUGAAAUUGGAGGGGAUUGAGAUGGAGGGGGUUAAGAAGGCUGGCAUGGUCCGCUUCUUCGCGCCCCUCUUCCUCGGCAAACUCGCCCCCAAAUACAUGAACCCCGGCCCCGCAUCCAGCAUCAUCAUCACGACAGGUUCCGUGUCCGAACGACCUCUUCCCGACUGGACCGUCGUCAACUCCUACGCGACCGGUCUGCAAGGAAUGGUGCGGGGCAUGGCACUCGAUUUGAAACCCUUGCGAAUCAAUCUCGUGUCUCCGGGAGUGGUGGAUACGGAAUUGUGGAAGGAUAUGCCCGAGGAUGUGAAACGGGGAAUGUUUGCGGAGAUGGAGAAGAAAAUCCCCGUCGGCAAGGUUGGGCAGGUCGUAGAUGUUGCCGAGAGUUAUUUGUAUUUGAUGAAGGAUCGGAAUGUUUCGGGCGCUAUGGUUAGUACUAGUGGAGGGCAUUUGUUGGUUUGAAGGAGAUGAGAUGAGGUGGUGGUGGUGUAGGGGAGGAGAGGGGGAUAGUAGGGAUGGACCUCUUAUGAAGUGCCUGUCACUGUAGAGUAUGGCCAUUCUCGAAAAAAAGCAAAGGAGAAC